CCGUGGCGCUGAUCAUUUACCCAGCCAUAGAGCCCCUACCGAUGUCCAUCCUCGCGGCCGACAAGUCCCUGCAUGUCUAUUCGUCCGGCCCUCAUCGAUUGCGCCCUUGCUGCCGAGAUCGCCAACUUGAGGAGCUAGAGUUCCGCUCUUGCAGCUGGGCAUUGGGGAAUCGAGGGACCGAGGGGACACACAGGCGCUUGGCUUGUCGGUCAAACUGGCUGACUGGCUGCCUGAUCGCUAAUGGGCCAGUGGGCCGUUGGGUGGGGAGGGGUGGGACGUGGGGUGCUACGAUUUUCAGCACCAAACAGAAACUAGAAGUUUGGAAGCCAGUUAUAUUGUCCAGUAUUCAUAGUUUUAAUUCAUAUACAUAUGCUACACUCUAUAUAUGUAAAAGGUUUUGCCAAAAAAUAAUGGGUAUUCACUUGAAUACCUUUGAUACAAUGUAGGCCCGCCCCUGAUGGUGCUAUCGGAAUCACAGAUUGUAGUCGAGAAAAAUCCUUCCAUGAGUGUGGAUGCAACAGAGAAGCUUGUUUUGAGCAAAGAUAAAAAAAAUAUCUAGUACUGUGGUGUGUGGUGCAAGCUCCUUAGAGUCACCAAAAAGUGCCCAAGAAGAGUCUAUCCCAAGAAAAGGUGGAGAACAACAGUUCGGCUACCAGCCCAAUGUGUAUGCCUCUCAGCCACAAGCACUCUUUUCUGGAGGAUAUUUAAACCAUUUGGGUCAAUGGGAAGAAUAUCCAUCUGUUGCGAGUGCGGAGGGUCUUAAUGCUGCAUACCCUGUGAUGUAUGGAGCUUAUUCCCCUCUGCCAAGCUUUGGAGACAACCAGUCAUAUUUCUCAUUGCUCUACUCCUUCUCAAGUCCUUACUACCAGCCACCUGCUUCUCCAAGCAUGGGAUAUUCAAGUUCAGCUACUGGGAUAUCACAGUUUGAUCCUUUGCGCCAGUACUACCUUCCUGAUGAGCUUUACUACUCACCAACUCCUGGCUUCCAUCAGCCUUUUGGUUCUUUGGAUGGAGUUCCAAUGCAUUCUAAUGGUAUUCCUCAAUUUUUUGGGCAAGGAAAUGUAUCCCUGAAUUCUGGAAUGCACCAGGGUUCCAUGUAUAACUCUGGAUCAUACGCUGCAUUAGAACAAGGUGGUAAAUGUGGAGGUGGUAGACCAUGUUGCAGUGCUAGUAGCAGAUUUGACACCUUCAACAAAGGCUUCAAGCAUGAGAAGGACUCUCUUGACUUUCUGUACGAGCAAAGUCGUGGCCCAAGAGCCACCAAAACAAAGAAAGAAGUGGAGAGCUCUUCAGUUGAGGAUAAAAAUAAAAAGGCAUUAUUAAUAGUUGAUCCUGAGAAGUACAACCACCCUGAUUUCGUCACUGAGUACAAGGAUGCCAAAUUCUUUGUAAUAAAGUCCUACACUGAAGAUCACAUUCACAAAAGCAUAAAGUAUAAUGUUUGGGCCAGCACUGCCACAGGGAACAGAAAGCUAAAUGCUGCUUAUCGUGAGGCAAAAGACAAAGAAGAGUAUUGUCCUAUUUUCUUGUUUUUCUCGGUUAAUGGCAGUGGUCAGUUCUGUGGUGUAGCUGAGAUGAUUGGACCUGUCGACUUUGACAUGAGCGUCGAUUACUGGCAGAAUGACAGAUGGAGUGGCCAGUUCCCUGUGAAAUGGCACAUUGUUAAGGAUGUACCAAACAACCUUGUUCGGCACAUCAUCCUGGGGAACAAUGAGGACAAGCGUGUGACAAACAGCAGGGACACACAGGAGGUAAAACUAGAGCAAGGUGUCCAAAUGUUGGCCAUCUUCAAGAACCAUGAUGCCAAGACAACCAUCCUUGAGGAUUUCGACUUCUAUGAGCAACAAGAGAAGGCUAUGUUGGAUAAUAGGCAGCAGCUUAAGGUACAAUAUGCUCAUGCCAAGACCCAGAAGCUUGUGGAGGCCAGUGAAGCGGUAGGCAUCAUGACUCAAAUCUCAGACACCUUUGCACAGGCUGUCCAUCUAGAAGAAACCAAGGACAAAGAAAUCAGUCUGAAGAUUGAAGAUACCACAUCUGCUGAGAAGGCAUCCGCUGCUCCUGUGAAGACUGAAGAAGCCACUCCAAAAACGGCAGAAUCUGGUAACCUUUUGAAGGGAAGCGGUUGAAUUUUCGUUCACCUUUCAUGAUUAAUUCUGAGCAGCAGCUGGAUCAUAUAUGCGAUGAUAUGUCAUGGAGGCGAGUUCGGCAAAGGAUAGCCGAAAAUGGGAGUUGCUGCCUAGUUUAUACAGCAUGAUAGGCUAGAGUUAAAGGCUCUGUUUCACUACCGGUUAGGCAGGCUAUAAUCUAGUUUCGUAGCUUCCUAAGCUAGUAAGCUCUUCCUAUUUUCCUGCACCUCAUCUAUAUUCUUCUCUGACUGACUUUAAUUGAGCCCCCUCAAGAAUGAUGCCCAGUGAUUUUGGCCAUGAGGGUGAGCAGCGUAUAUAUAUUAGCUUUUGUAUAGCUUGCACUACUACUCUAAUUACCCAUUUCAUUUCGUCUCCGGAGCAACCCGGUCA